AUGGCACCCUAUCCAACCGCCCACGAGAUCGAAGAGAUAUUCUUCCACCGUAUCAAUACUGAGGAGUUCCAUAGUUACCUCGCCGAUCACAUCGACAUCACCGUCACAGGGAACGACUUCAACAUCAGCGGCAAGUUCAAGUCCCUGGAGGAAUUCCAUAACAAGAUAUACGUUCGAAUCAAUGCCGCCGUGAAGCAAGAGACUCUGCGACUUGAGGUGAACAGGGUCAUCGGAGGGGGUGAGAGUCCGCAGGCUUUAAGUCCGACGGCUGUGCUUCAGCUCAUGUUGCACCGGUAUACUGACAAAGAUGUUCUCCAGUGGGCGGCAGUAGAGGUCCACUAUGAAUGCGAGUCCAAAGAAGGCCGUCAUCUUGUCUAUGAAACCGUCGACCUGGUCCGCUUCAACAAAGAGGGCAAGAUCUUCCAGAUGAAGAGUUUCCUUGACAGCUUGGCCAUCCACAACCUAGUUGAGGAACACGAGAAAGCUGUGGCAGAUGGGAAGAGGGAGCAUGGACCCGUUGCACCGAAUGCGUGGGCACAUACGAAAGAUACACCGCAGGUAUAG